AUGGCAAACAUGUCCUCACUGCUCCUGAACACCCUGGAGGAACUGGGAAAGAAAGAAUUCAGUAAAUUUAAAUGGUACCUAAAAGAAGGCGUGUCAGAGGAUUUUACUCCAAUCCCCAAGGGUAAGUUAGAAGACACAGAGACAGAGGACGUUGUAGAUCUGAUGAGGGAUCAGUAUGGUGAAGAAGAUGCUGGAAGGAUUACAGUUCUCAUUCUGAGAGAGAUGAGAAACAACCAUCUCGCUGAGAAACUGAACAAAAAUCUGAAAGUGGGACCUAGUGGCCGUGCAAGCUCAGAUGGUGCUCAGUUUGUGGAUAAACACAGAGCAAAUCUCAUCCAGAGGGUGACAACGGUGGAGCCCAUCGCUGAUGAACUACACUCAAUGGUCCACCCUGAAAAAUACUCUAACAUCAGAGCAGCUCCAACCCCCCAGGAGAAAAUGAGGAGGAUCUUUGAUGACAUCCUGGUGACACAAGAACUGAAGGAAAGAUUUUAUAAGAUUCUUCUAAAACAUGAGCCUUAUCUUGUCAAAGAGCUGGCAGGGUCUGGGUGA